AUGGCACACCACCCCUCCCAGCUUAGGAACUUGGAAGCUCCACAAUCCAAACCCACCACCCCAAACCCAGAUCUCAUCCAAACCUAUAAACCCUCCUUCUUGGUAAAACACAUGUCAAGCCUAAACUUGGCUCAAGCCCACAAAACCCGUCCACCACACAAACACUCUCCUCUUGUCGACACCCACUUGCAGGGCAAACCCAUGACAACCUCUGCGGUGGUUGUCCCAGAGAAAGAGAGUGAUGUUGUUGUGGCUGUGAAGAGAACCCACAAAGAGAAACCCCAAAGGAGCUGUUCGGAAUUGGAAAGGAGGAAGCUUGGUGAUCCUAAUGACAAGGAUGUGGUGGAGGAUGCUAAGGUUGAAAAGGAGAAACCUAGGAAUCCUCAUUUGGAGAAACAUGAUGGUAUUGGGAGAAUGUCCUUGUCUCUGGCUCCGGGUGGGGGUAGAAGGAGAUCCUUCUGUGGGUCACAGGCUGAUUUAAGAGAUGCCUUUGCAAUCAAUGGGGCGAAAAUGGUUUCUGUUGAUAUGCCACCGUUUAUGCAGAUCCAUGCUGUUAACUGUGCCAGAAAGUCUUUAGAUAGCAUGGAGAAGUUCACAUCCAAGACUCUAGCACUCUCCCUCAAGAAGGAAUUUGAUGGGGUGUAUGGGCCGGCAUGGCACUGUAUUGUGGGGACUAGUUUUGGGUCUUUCGUGACCCAUUCAGUUGGAGGGUUUCUAUAUUUCUCCAUGGAUCAAAAACUAUACAUUCUCUUAUUUAAAACCGCUGUACAAAAAGCAGGUUGA